CCCCGUUUCUUCCUUUUCCUCUCUCUCGCAUCCCUUCUCUUUCAUCUGGUUGGGUGGACAGAGAAGGGAGCACGCAAGCAAGGGAGCGAGGGGGGAGAGAGAGAGAGCUGUGCGCGAGCAAUAAAUAGAAAUUAAGGUCCGAGCCGCCUCCAUGGCGGCGUUUGCAGGCGCCCUCGAAUUCCUCCCCUGCACCCACUCCUCUCUUCUCUUCUUCUUCCUCUUUAUAUAGCCUCACACCUCAUCUCCUCACCACCCCAAAAAGCAGCUCUCUCCCUCGCUCGUCUGCUUCCGCGUUCUCUACCACUACUCAUCAGCAGCUAACCUCCUCCCUCCCUCCCUCCUCCAGAUACUACUUCUAGAGAGAGAAAGAGGAAGAGAGGCUUAGACCCAAGACCAAGAGGCCAAGAGCGGAAAGCAAUUAAGCAAGAAGACGCGGAUUAGAGGCGAGAGCUUCCUAUUUCCAGCAAAGGCAAGGAGCUGAGCUAGGUGAGAGAGGCUUCUUUGUGGUGCACUCUCUCGCUCAUCUUGAUGGGUGGUGGUUGCUGCCUCGCAUGGCUGGGUUCUCUCUGAGAGGCGGCGGCGGAGGUGGAGGUGGGAGAGGCGGAGAACGCGGCGGCGAUCACCCGAUCGGCGCCGACAGCCUGUUCCUGUACGCGCGCGGGGCGGCCGCCGCGGCCGCCGACACGGCGGCCAGCGGCGGCGGGGGCGGGGGGAUAGGGUUCCAGCUAUGGCACCCGCACCAGCAGGCGGCGGCGGCCGCGCCGCACACGUCGCAGUUCUUCUCCUCCGGCGUGGCCACGGGGGUCGUGCUGGGGUUCUCCUCGCAUGACGGGAGCGGCGGGAUCGGCGGCCCCGGCAGCGGCGGCGCGGGGGGAGGCCGGGCGGGGACGAGCUGCCAGGACUGCGGCAACAACGCCAAGAAGGACUGCGCCCACAUGCGGUGCCGCACCUGCUGCCGGAGCCGCGGGUUCAGCUGCCCCACCCACGUCAAGAGCACCUGGGUCCCCGCCGCCAAGCGCCGCGAGCGCCAGCAGCAGCUCGCCGCGCUCUUCCGCGGCGCCGCCAACAACAGCGCCAGCGCCGCCGCCGCCGCCGCGGCCGCUAGCAAGCGGCCACGCGAGCUCGUCCGGUCCCUCGGCCGCCUGCCAUCGGCCAACUCCGCUAUGGUCACCACCACCACCUCCUCAGGCGACGGCGGCGGGAGGUUCCCGCCGGAGCUGAGCGUGGAGGCGGUGUUCCGGUGCGUGCGGAUCGGGCCGGUCGACGAGCCGGACGCGGAGCUCGCGUACCAGACGGCGGUGAGCAUCGGCGGGCACACGUUCAAGGGGAUCCUGCGUGACCACGGGCCGGCGGACGACGCGGCGGUGGGCCAGCUGCCGCCGUCCUCGGAGUACCACCAGCUGACGGGGCAGGCGAGGGAAGGGUCGUCGCCGGCGGGGAGCAGCGAGGCGGCGGCGACGGUGGCGACGUCGGCGGCGGUGCUCAUGGACCCGUACCCGACGCCGAUCGGCGCCUUCGCCGCAGGCACCCAGUUCUUCCCUCAUAACCCUAGAACCUAGCUUAAUUAGCUAGCUGCUGCUUCGAUUCCUAUCCUAGCUUAAUUCCUUGAUGGUUUCAUUUACUUCCAAAUAUGAUGAGCAUGAGCUAAGUCAUCGUCGUUGUCGUCGUCGUGAUCAGCAAACAAAUUCGAGACAAGAAGAGAAGAGAUUUUAAUUGUUAUUACUACUACUACUCAUUCGAGUCGGUGAUCGAUGAACACUAAUGUGCGAUCAAUCGAGUAUAAUGUUGUUAGCUAGAGUUAGUACUACUACUUGUUGAUCAAUCUUGUUUCGACGUUAUAAAUCAUAUUAGCCACCUUAAUGCAA